CCUGCAAAAGAAAUGAUCAAAGGUUAGUCGCAAGGUCAUAAGGUAAGUGAUCACAUUGUACUCACAUCUGUUAAAAGUGUUGGUGGCAACUACCUGUCGACCUUCACCGUGGUUCGCCGUACUAUUCUUCUGAACAGUUUGAAGUGCAGUCUCUGCCAACGCUGCGCUGGAAACUGCCGCGAUCACCAACAAUACUGCCACAAACGCUCUGAACGACGCCAUUUUGUACACUACCCUACUAACUUCAGCUGCGGAAGUCGAUCAAUAAAUACGUGCCGGAUGCAAACAACAAUACUAUUUAUACGCGACGGAAGCAUCUCGCCAGGAAACCCACUAAUUGGAGCUAAUCAACCGGAUUGCCUCAUCAUACAGCGCAAGGGAGCUGCGCGGUAUAAAACCAUUCAACGUGCCAAAUUUCCCGCUUUGUAAGUUCAACACCAUCUCCGAUCAUGAUCAGUAGCAGUAGGCUGUGGAUGCAGUUGGCGGGCUCGUGCAUCGUCCUUGCGCUGUACCACGUGGUGAGCAUCGGCUGCAACGGCAGUGACGAGGAGGAGCAGCAGCCUACCACGAUUGCGACUUUGGACAGCGAGGAGGAUGAGGAAAGUGGACGAGCCAUUGCGGAUUAUUACGCGCAAAUGUGGUACCGCACAUGGCAGUUUCCACUGAUCACAACGAUGAGUUACACGACGAUGCUAGCGUUUCUGUUCUUUUCCUUUGGUACGAGUGCGUUGCAAGGGCUCGGUUACUACAAAUCGGCCCCGGAGAACGAACAACCGAUCGUUAUUGAUGGGCACAUCGAGAGCUAUGGCAAUCCCUUCAACAAAUUUUGGGGAUAAACUGGAGGUUUUAGAAGCGGUGUGAAGACUGAUAUUUUAAUUAUAAGUAAUUUAUUUAUUUAAUUUAUAACAUACAUUGUUUUAACUCUAA